AAGGUUGUCAGUGAGUGUGACCUCGUGGCCAUUCUAGAGACCCCAAACUGGGAGACGGAUCACUCGCUGACGGCGACGACGACGACGACGAGCUCUCCUGCUCUGCCCUGCUUUUUUUUACUUUUUAUUUUCUUGCUUGCUUUGCUGCAAUAUAAAGUCGCCACGACAAUCAGUCUUCCAAAGCUACACUCAACUGCCAUCCACCAACAAAGUAAAAGCAAAAGAGAGCGAAAUUUCAUAAAGUCUUUGACGCCAUCCCGCGUGCGUGUCUGUGCGACGAUUCUAUGCCCUCUCCCCUGGAAUCGCACCACCACCAAUAGCCCUAACCCCUCAAAUCCUAUCAAAUCAAAAGCCCUUCUUAUAAUAAUCAAUAAUUACCACGAAUAUCCCCAAAUAGCCCCCCCCCCCCCACCCCCACUCACACUAAUCUCUCUAUCUUUUGACAGUGAUAUCUGUCGCCUUCAAUUGGGGACUUUCCGCCACUACAAUUUUUUGUCCUCUCCCUUGUCUCUGUUCCCUAUUGGGUUAUAAAAAUUGGGGUAUUUGGGUAUGAAUCAAAUUUCUGGGACAAAGGACCCAGAGGACGGGCCCGUGGCUCAGUCUCAGUCGCAGUCUCUGCCUCAACCUGAGCUCCAGGAGGUUACCAAGGGUUUGGACAAGACUGAAUCGGUGGGUGGGGAAGAGGAGGCCGUGCUGGAGGAGAAACCAGUGGGCGAUCCAAUGGAGGAAGAUCCAGUGAGUUCUGCUACUGUUUUCUGCAUCAAGCUGAAGCAACCUAGGUCUAAUUUGCAGCACAAGAUGAGUGUGCCGGAACUUUGUCGCAAUUUCAGUGCUGUUUCCUGGUGUGCAAAACUAAAUGCUAUAGCGUGUGCUGCUGAAACAUGCGCCAGAAUCCCAAGUUCAACUACAAACCCACCAUUUUGGAUCCCUAUACAUAUUGUCAUCCCAGAGAGGCCUACUGAAUGUGCAGUGUUCAAUGUCAUAGCAGAUUCUCCCCGAGAUUCUGUUCAGUUCAUUGAAUGGUCUCCUAUUUGUUGUCCGCGUGCAUUAUUAAUAGCUAAUUUCCAUGGGAGGGUGACCAUUUGGACUCAACCAUCUCAAGGUCCAGCUAAUCUUGUGCAUGAUACUAGCUGCUGGUGGCGUGAGCAUGAGUGGCGGCAGGAUGUUGCAGUUGUUACAAAGUGGCUAUCAGGGAUGUCUCCGUAUAGGUGGCUUUCAUCCAAAUCGAGUGUUUCUGCCAAUUUGACAUCAACAUUUGAAGAAAAAUUUCUUUCACAGCAAUCUCAAAGUUCAGCUAGAUGGCCCUAUUUUCUUUGCGUCUGUUCCAUUUUCUCAUCAGGCUCUGUUCAACUUCAUUGGUCCCAGUGGCCUCCUAGUCAGAAUGGUGAGGCACCCAAAUGGUUUUGCACCAGUAAAGGGCUCUUGGGUUGUGGGCCCAGUGGAAUUAUGGUUGCUGAUGCUAUCAUAACAGACAGUGGUGCCAUGCAUGUGGCAGGCGUGCCUACUGUGAACCCAUCCACCAUUGUUGUUUGGGAGGUUACUCCUGGGCCCGGAAAUGGCUUCCAAGUAACUCCAAAGACAAGUACUAGUAAUGGUGUCCCCCCUUUUAGCCCACCUAGCUGGGCAGGUUUUGCACCUUUAGCUGCAUAUUUGUUUAGUUGGCAAGAUUAUCUGUUAUCUGAAGCAAAGCAAGGGAAAAAACAAACAGAUCAAAGCCUUGUUGAUGCUGUGCCACUUCACUGCUCACCAGUUUCAAAUUUUUCUGCAUAUGUUAGUCCUGAAGCUGCAGCUCAAUCUGCUGCAACUACUACAUGGGGUUCUGGCGUAACAUCAGUGGCUUUUGAUCCAACUCGUGGUGGUUCUGUGAUAACUGUAGUGAUAGUUGAGGGACAAUACAUGUCCCCUUACGACCCAGAUGAAGGUCCAUCAAUUACAGGCUGGAGAGUACAGCGCUGGGAAUCAUCUUUUCAAAAUGUUGUCCUUCAUCCAAUAUUUGGAAACCCCACCUCCAGUAUGGGUGGACAGCCACCUGUGCAAACUGUUUGGCAGUCUAAGGUGGACUUGAGCAUACCACCCACAGAUGAUUUCAAAAUUCAUCAAGCAGCUGCUGCUGGACUGACUGGAGUUGUGCAAAAGGCAUCUGAACCUGGUUUUGAUAAGUCAAAAAGGGUCGGGUUUGAUCCAUCUGAUCUUCCAAGUGAUGUUAGAGCACUUUCUCGAGUUGUUUACUCUGCUCAUGGUGGUGAAAUUGCCAUUGCUUUUCUUCAUGGUGGAGUCCACAUCUUUUCUGGCCCAAAUUUUACACCUGUUGACAGUUAUCAGAUUAAUGUUGGAUCUGCAAUUGCUGCUCCUGCUUUUUGAACGAGCUGCUGUUCAGCUUCUGUUUGGCAUGACACUAGCAUGGCGUACAUAUUGAAAAUAAUCAGGGUUCUUCCUCCUGCUGUUCUUAGUCAAGUGAAGGCCAACUCAUCAUCCUGGGAGC